UCCGGAGUUUUAUCUCUCCAUCUAAAAUGAAUGGUUGAAAAUGCACGACUGGCUUCCCCAGUUCCCAAUCCUACAUCGAUCUCGAUCAUGCUCCUCAAUGCUAGGUUUGAAGCCACAGAUCUAGCUACUCCUAAUUAGCCUUCUAUAAGCUCUCACCAACAACCACCACUCCACUAUAGAGUAUGAUCAGCAUGAGCAUGCUCUCCAUUCACCUCGUUCCUCUCCACUGCCGGGCUCUGAAAAACGGCUCAAAUACUAAAUGCAGAGGUCCCCCAUUUCAGGCACAACAAACGCGCCUCUCCUUGCUCCACAACCCGCGCUCUUCGCGCUCUCUUUGCUCCCUCUCUUGCUCUGCAGCUCUCUCAGUGAUGGCUGAGGAAGAAAGAGCUUCUGCGCUGGUGAAGGAGCUGAGGGAAUGCUUCAACACCGGAAAAACAAAGAACUACGAGUGGAGAGUCUCACAAUUGGAAAAUAUAUUGAAGAUGAUUGAACAGAGAGAGAAAGACAUCCUUUCAGCUCUUCACAAGGACCUCUCCAAACCCCAACAGGAAGCUUUCAUCUCCGAGGUUUCUUUGACUAAAGGCUCCUGUACAUUAGCGCUUAAAGAGUUAAAAUGUUGGAUGAUGCCUCAAAAGGUCAAAACUUCUAUGACAACUUUUCCAUCAUCAGCAGAGAUUGUGUCAGAACCUUUAGGAGUUGUGUUGGUCAUUUCAACAUGGAACUACCCUUUCAUGUUAUCUCUCGAUCCUGUCAUCGGAGCCAUUGCAGCAGGUAACACAGUGGUUCUCAAACCAUCAGAAAUUGCUCCAGCCACCUCAUCAAUGCUUGCAAAAUUAUUAGAGGAAUAUACAGAUAAUUCGGCCAUAAGAGUUGUCGAGGGGGCUGUGGCUGAAACAUCUGCCUUACUGGAGCAGAAGUGGGAUAAAAUAUUCUAUACAGGUAGUGGAAGAAUUGGAAGGAUUGUGAUGUCUGCUGCCGCGAAGCACCUUACUCCAGUAAUAUUGGAACUUGGAGGGAAGUGCCCUGCUGUUGUAGAUAUUGACGUCGACUUACAAGUGGCCGUGAGGCGGAUAAUAGCAGGCAAGUGGGCAUGCUGUAACGGACAGGCUUGCAUUGCUCCUGACUAUUUAAUAACCACAAAAGCUUUUGCCGCAAAGUUGAUAGAUGCUUUAAUAUUGGAACUGAAGGUUUUCUUUGGAGAUGAUCCGAUGGAAUCAAAAGACAUAUCACGUAUUGUAAACUUGUACCACUUUACACGCUUGUCAAAGUUGAUUGAUGAUUGCAAAGUAUCUGAUAAGGUAGUACUUGGAGGGCAAAGAAACGAAAACCAAUUAAAGAUAGCUCCAACCAUCCUUUUGGAUGUUCCAGAGGAUUCACUGAUAAUGGAGGAGGAGAUAUUUGGGCCAAUUCUGCCCAUUCUCACAGUUGAAAAUUUGGAAGACAGCCUUGCUGUGAUAAACUCAAGAUCUAAACCUCUUGCUGCUUAUCUUUUCACAAAUAAUGAGGAGCUGAAGAAAGACUUUGUGAAGAACAUUUCUUCUGGAGGAAUGGUUAUCAAUGACACUAUACUACAUGUCACAGUUUCUGGCUUACCCUUCGGAGGAGUUGGGGAGAGUGGAAUGGGUUCAUAUCACGGUAAAUUCUCCUUUGAUGCUUUUAGCCACAAAAAGGCAGUGCUUUAUAGAAGUUUUGAAGGGGAUUCAUCAACAAGGUAUCCACCUUACACGCCUGGAAAGCUGAAAUUGUUGAAGGCCCUGAUCAGUGGCAACAUAUUCAGCAUCAUACGCAUUCUGAUAGGAAAAUCUGAUGACUGAAAUGUGAUGUAAGAUUGAUUCAUCCUUUUGAUACAAUAGUACACCAACUAUUGAUUUCCAGAUAGGCAUCUACCUCAAAAAGUGUAUUUAGAGGUAGUAAGUUUGCAUAAUGAAUUCCAGUGUGACUGGGGCUGUUACAUUGAGAAUUGCUUAUUUCUAUCAUGUCUCUCUUAUCAUUGAGAAUUGCUGUUAUCCCAAUAUGGUUUGGUCUUUUGAAAAUAUUCACGUUCCAGGUUCCAACUGAAUAGUAGUAUAAAGAAGAAAUUAUGUCUAAACCUAUAUAUACUUGUGUCUUUAUUGCUGAUGCCUUUUACCAAUGAAAACUAUUUGUCAUUCAUAUGUAGUUUCUGAAUUUAUUUCAUGUUUGAAAUAUACCAUGAAGUUUUGAAUUUUGUGCGAGAAUGCUUUUUGAAAAGCUGUUCUGUUAUGGUUGCCAGACUUGGUUGUGCUUGGUGUUGGUUUAGAUGUAAAACAAGAAUUAUUCUCUUGAUAUUGUUGUCUACAACAGUAAUUGGACUUUGUAACAAGUAAUUUCCAUCAUGCCAUAGUGUGGAGUCAAGAGAAGGCAAGAAUCAAGAUAGUAGCUUAGUGGAAUCAAAGCUUAAAGCUGAUAAACUAUCAUUUUUGUACUUCAGAAGUUGGCUGUAUACAGCUGGUGGCAGCAAGGUAGAACAAAAAGGACUUUGAAGUGGAGCGCUGACGUCAUAAAUAUGGUGCCAUCUGUAUCUUUAAAGAGAUGGAAAUUGAAUUAGAGAGGUCCUUGCAUUUGUAUCUGCUUUCAUAGUGCAGCAGUCGUUCCAUAGCAGUCAAGAUGUGGAAGAGAGACAGAAAGAUAUGUGUCUGUUUGAUAUUUUAAGAUGGUUAUGCUAUUCCAAAAUUUGGUACAUAAAAUUUGAGUUAUGUAGAGGUUAGUCAA